AUGAGAGCUGAUACUAUUGAAUUAAAGGAGAUCCUAAGAGGCCUUGACAGGUUUAGUCAAAGUGGUCUUCGUUGGACACUCACCAUGGUAUUCGCCAUAGAAGAGAUAAAUAGGAAUAGGGAGUUACUACCUCACACGACGCUGGGUUACGAAAUUUUCGACAGCUGUGACGCAUCUUCCGAAGGUCUGAAAGGAGCUUUCAACUUACUGAAGGGAAGAGGCAAUGGCGCUCCCAACUCCACGUGUGCUGGAGUCCCAUUAGUACCUGUGAUUGUGGGAGAUGGCGCGUCAUCGCAAUCUAUCGCAGUGUCUCGAUUAGUUGCUCCUUUCGCUAUUGGCCUGGUCAGCUACUUUGCGUCAUGCUCUUGCCUCAGUAAUAAGAGUGAGUUUCCGACAUUCUUGAGGACGAUUCCUAGCGAUGCUGUUCAAAUGAAAGCUUUAGUUCGACUCAUACACCACUUUGAAUGGACCUGGAUCGGAGCCGUGGCUGAAGACAACGAUUAUGGUCGCUUCGGAAUGAGGUCUCUCAUUGAAGAGGCGGCGAAGUUUGAAAUCUGUAUCGCCUACAUCGAAUUCCUUUUACCCGGUCGCACAAGACAAAGAGUGAGCCAAGUUGCAAAGACCAUUAGAACAUCGUCUGCUAAGGUGUUGAUAAUGUUCUGUGGCGAGAGUGACGCCAUGUCUUUGGUAAACGAACUCAGAAUAGCAGAAACUGUGGAUAUUUUAUCAGGAACAAUCGGCUUUGGAAUCAGGCGAGCGGAAAUUCCAGGACUGAGAGAGUUUCUAGUCAAACUUCAUCCUUCCACAGCACCAUACAAUACGUAUGUUCAAGAACUGUGGGGCCACGUCUUCGGCUGUAGCAUAAAAACCUCAAAUCACAGCCUGAAAGAAAACAUGUCAGCGUUUCCCUACAAACCGUGCACCGGUUCAGAAAACCUAGAGACGGUUGAAUCUGCAUACUCCGAUGUGUCGCAGUUAAGAGUUUCCUACAAUGUAUACAAAGCGGUAUACGCCAUAGCUCACGCCCUUCAGAAUUUACAAUCGUGUGAAAAUGGGAAAGGCCCAUUUGUCAACAACACAUGUGGUCAAAAGUCAAAAGUUCUGUCUUGGCAGCUUUUACACUACCUGAGGGAGGUACGUUUCACCAGCCAGUUUGGGGAGGAAGUAAGCUUUGAUAAAAAUGGAGAUGCUAUUGCUUCCUAUGACCUGAUAAACUGGCAGAAGCGUCCUGAUGGGUCGAUUGACUUUGUCAAUGUUGGCUAUUAUGACGAAGCGUUGCCGAAAGGGGAGGAACUCGAGUUGGAUGAAAGUAGAAUUGUGUGGCACAGAACAGCUCUUCAAAAUAAGGCCCCUCUCUCAGUGUGUAGUAAAAGCUGUCUUGCAGGUACCAGAAAAGCAGUACGUAAGGGUCAGCCUGUUUGCUGCUUUGAUUGUUUGCCAUGUGCCGAUGGGGAGAUCAGUAACGAAACAGGUUCAAUAGAAUGCAUCAAAUGCCCGUCAGAUUACUGGUCCAAUGAGCCAAGAAAUCAAUGCAUUCCGAAAGAAAUUGAGUUCCUCUCCUUUCAAGACAGCAUGGGAAUAACGCUGACGGCGAUUUCAGUGCUUGGAGCUUGUAUCACAGGGGCUAUUGCAACUGUAUACUUACAUUUCAUAAACACUCCUAUUGUAAAGGCCAACAAUUCGGAAUUGAGCUUCCUUCUAUUAAUCUCAUUAAUACUGUGCUUUCUGUGCUCCAUUGCAUUCAUCGGACAGCCCUCAGCAUGGUCAUGCAUGGUGCGGCACACGGUGUUUGGAGUUAGUUUUGCUCUAUGUCUUUCUUGUAUUCUCAGUAAGACUCUGGUAGUCCUAAUGGCAUUUAAAGCAACUCUGCCGGGUAGUGAUGUUAUGAAAUGGUUCGGACCCAGACAACAAAGGUCAAUUGUUUUUAUCUGCGCAUUGAUUCAAGUAAUAAUAUGUGUGAUCUGGUUGUUGACCUCUCCCCCACUCCCAGCUAAAAACACCAAAUAUCAAAAUGCAAAGAUUAUCCUCGAGUGUGGCGUGGGUUCCACAGUAGCAUACUGUAGUGUGUUUGGUUACAUUGGCUUGUUAGGCUGCAUUUGUUUAAUUUUAGCCUUAUUGGCCCGGAAGCUGCCGGACAGAUUCAAUGAAGCUAAACUCAUAACGUUCAGCAUGCUCAUAUUUUUUGCAGUUUGGGUGACAUUUAUUCCAGCUUAUGUGAGCCAGCCCGGAAAAUACACGGUGGCUGUUGAGGUAUUUGCAAUUUUAGCAUCGAGCUUUGGAUUAUUGUUCUGUAUCUUUUUUUCAAAGUGUUACAUAAUCUUGCUAAAACCCGACGAGAACACCAAAAAACAUGCAAUUGCUAAAAAAUGUACAACCGUAACGUAA